UACGUUUCCAGUACGUGUUUAGCGAUCCUACUGUGCCAGUUUGAUCGGAAAAGGGAACGAGAUAAAAUCACCAUCGAUUGGCCAAUUAACCGGCGCCCCUUGUCGGACAAUCGUGCCUCGACUGCAUUCGAGACCAAUCGUUAUCUCUGUGUGAUAUCGUGAUAUUACCCCGUACACCGGUUAAGGCAAUCGUCCACACCUGUCACGCCACUUGAUCUCGAUCCUCGUCUUUUCUGGUUAGACGUGUACGGUCGUUUCGUCGCAGUGAACGAUUUUAGUUUAUUUCAUUCCGAUUACUCUCUUUGUUAUUUCGUUAUCAACAAUUCGUUGACUGUCGUACGAAUUUCGUAUACUCUGUGCUGGCAGCGGCGACAGAUUCGAAUGUCGAUGGUUUGCCCUGCAAAUGAUAAAUUCGCCGACCUACUCGGGCAGAAAGUUAUUCCAAGAAAAAGAUGCUUCUGAACAAUGCGAGUAAAAUGGUUCCGGGGGAAAUGGUCGGAAAAUCGUGCGCUGCGACGAACGUUUCGCGGAAAGAUGGAAAGUAAUUUGGUAAAUCGAAGGUGGCGUGUCUAAAAGUCGAUUUUUCGAUCGAAAGUUACGCGAGUGAGACGAGAAAAUUUCUCGAUGGUUCUUCGUGGUUUGCUGGCACCAGCGGCGGCGCGAUGGACACGAAAUAAAACAACGAAAAGGGGUCAAGAGAAGCAGGCAGCCGGACAAUUAGGAUUAUCACGUUAUGGACCGCAGGUGAUGAGUGUGUUGUGUUUAUGCACCACGAUACACCAGACGGGUCAGAACAACAAUCAGGCCAGCAAGAUACUUCCGAGCACACCACCGAUCUCAUCUGAGGAAGAGAGGAUAAACUCGUCGCAGGAAAUACCCACCGACGAACUGGCUCUAUUAGCUAAGCUGGAGGAAGCCAAUAGGCUUAUCGAAUCGGAUGCAAAGUCGUUGAACUCGCUCCAAAGCAAUCACAGUAGAAAAGGUUCCGACACAUCUCAGGUGUCCGUGGCGUCGGGGGGCAGCGGAGGAAACAGCGAUGCCGCACCCCGACGCCACAAUUCAGCUGAUGGUGAAGAGAAUACGUGGACCCUAUGGGGUCACAUCGUCGCUGAUUGGGAUUAUCAUUGGAAGAAGAGGAAAGAGUUCGUCAAAGAAUUAGUACGUCAAGGAAUACCUCAUCAUUUUAGAGGUAUUGUUUGGCAACUAUUAAGUGGUGCACAUGACUCUCCUGUGAAAAAGCAAUUUGCUGAGUAUAUCAAGGCUACGUCAGCAUGCGAAAGGAUAAUCAGGAGGGAUAUAGCCAGAACGUAUCCUGAGCAUGAUUUCUUUAAGGAGAAAGACGGACUUGGUCAGGAGAGUCUAUUUAACGUUAUGAAAGCGUAUAGUCUUCAUGAUCGUGAAGUGGGAUACUGUCAAGGUUCGGGAUUUAUUGUAGGAUUACUCCUUAUGCAGCAAAUGCCAGAAGAAGAAGCUUUCGCUGUACUGGUAGCGCUUAUGCAAGAGUAUCGUUUGCGAGACAUGUUCAAGCCGAGUAUGGCUGAAUUAGGGGUGUGCAUGUAUCAGCUAGAACAUUUAGUUGCUGACACUCAUCCCGAGUUACACGCUCAUUUUACGGCUCAAGGUUUUCACACGUCAAUGUACGCGUCGUCUUGGUUUCUUACGCUUUUUACCACAGCGCUCAGCCUACCGCUGGCCUGCCGCAUUUUUGACGUGUUUCUGUCCGAAGGCAUGGAAAUUAUUUUCAAAGUUGCACUGGCCAUGUUGCAUUUAGGCAAGGAAGAUUUAUUAAGCUUGGACAUGGAAGGCAUGUUGAAGUUCUUUCAGAAACAGCUACCUGGAAGAGGCGAAAAAGAUCCAGAUGGUCUCAUGAAUCUUGCCUAUGGUAUGAAAAUAAAUCCAAAAAGAAUGAAGAAACUCGAGAAAGAUUAUACUGUGCUGAAAAUGAAAGAGCAAGAGGAGAUGGUUGAACUUCGUAGGCUUAGAGCAGAAAAUAGGUUACUUAGACAAAGAACUGAACUUCUGGAAGCUGAGUCUGCGGAGUUGGCAGAUAGAUUAGUCAGAGGUCAAGUUUCUCGAGCAGAAGAGGAGGAAACUGCUUUCGUUGUACAAAGAGAAUUAGCAGCUCUUCGACACACGCAUCUUGAAACCAGUCAUCAGCUUGAGCAAGCUCACGAAGAACUAAGAUCAUUGUCGCUUCUGCUAGAAGAAAAUGUGACAUCGAAACAAUCCUCUUUGGAUGAAAUUUUGUCAAAGCAGGAAGCAUUGUCACAAAAAGAGGAAAUGAUACAGUGUUUGCAAGAAGAAUUGGUAAGAGUUCGACUACACGAAGCAGAGAACGACGCAACGAUAAGGGAACUUAGAGCAAGAAUACAAGAAUUGGAACAGGAUAAAAAGACGUUGCGCGAAUCAACGCCGGAUAAUUCUGUUGCUCAUUUACAAGAAGAACUGAUUGCUGUGAAACUAAGAGAAGCAGAAGCUAAUCUUUCUUUAAAGGAUCUUCGGCAAAGAGUAGUGGAAUUGAGCAGUGCCUGGCAAAGGCAUCUGCAAGAACAUCGUUCCGCUCAGAAUCAACCUGCAAGCGAUUCCACGCCGAAGAAACUUUUGUUUUGGGAGAACCGAGGACAUGAAGUGCAAAAGUUCGAAGAGGAUUUAAUGACAACCAGAAUUCGAGAGAUGGAAGCUUUGACAGAAGUGAAGGAGCUUAGACUCAAGGUCAUGGAGCUUGAAACUCAAGUGCAAGUUGCCACGAAUCAACUUCGUCGACAAGACGAAGGAGGGAAGUUAAUUAAAGAGGAAUUAGAGGCUGCCUUAGCUAGGGAGAAGGAACUUACUGCCAAACUACGGGAGCAACAACAUAAAUAUUCCGAUCUGGAGUCUAAGAUGAAGGAUGAAGCUAUGAUGGCUAGGAUACGUGAUGCAGAGCAUGCGCAGCAAGUGGCAGAACUCACCCAGAAAAUAUCUCUUCUUGAAUUAAAAAACGAAGAGAUGCACGCGGAAGGUGAGCUUAGAAAUAAUUUAGAUGACAGUGAGAGAGUCAGAGAAUUGCAAGAUAAAGUUGCAGAAUUAAAAGCUGAGGUCAUGAGGCUAGAAAGCUGGAAGCAACGUUGGACAGGCAAUGGUGGGCAAAAUGUAAGAAGUUUCAGUGUUGACACUGAAAGCGAGCUGGACGAGCGGGAUCUCAGAAUUUGUUUACAGGAUCAUAUCAAUGCAACUACACAGAACUCACCAGAGAUUAUUGAAAGUGAAAGUGAAACCGAACGAGAUAAUCGGGAGUACAGUUGUAAAACUUAAAUAGCCCGGAUAGCUCGUUCCUUAUAGCGAGGACGUGAUAAUUACUUCCAACGUAAGUAGUUGCGCAAAUCAGAACGUCAAACUGCUUUUAUCUCAAAUUUUUUUUAUUCAUGGAUUUGUUUUUUUUUUUGUUCAUUUCUUUUUUCGGUUUAUUUUCAGCUUAAUCGAACCCUUAACGAUCCAUUCUCGUUCCUGCAAUGAUUGUACGUGUUUUCAGACGGUUUAAGAAUUCAAGUAAAUAGCCUAAACGUAUUUACUUUUAAGAUAAAGGGAGCAGCUGAUCGAUAAAGAGAGCAACUUUUCUUAUCGUUCCAUAAUGAUACACAAUACAUAAUUUUCAGCCAUUUCGGUUUCGUUUUAUCGCUUUGUCUCUUUUUCCUUUUUUCUUCUCUUUUUUUUUACUCUUUUCAUUCGACAAGUGCAAUCUUUAUUUACGUUCAUUAACGUAUCUUCAGAA